AUGCAUGCCGACAACUCUUACCCUUCGGACGAAGAGCACUCCGUUCUCGAGGACGAUUCCGAUGGCGAAGACCGGGACCUCGACUUCGAGGAUGACGCUUCGUCCUCCCUCUCGAUACCCAACGAGUCCAUCGACUUCGACCUCGUCUACGCCCUCCAAGCUUCGCUGCCACUCAACAGCUACUGGUGGCUCGUUCGCGUCCUCAAGACGCAGGAAGUCGGUUACAUUCCCGCGGAGAACAUCGAGACUCCGUUUGAACGCCUUGCCAGGCUCAAUAGGCACCGCAACGUCGACCUCGCCUCUGCCACCCAAGCGGAGACGCUCGAAGAUCGCGAACGGGACCGGCUCGUGUCCUCCCGCAAUGCCUCUGCCACUGCUACAAGUCCGUCUCCCACUCCCGGCACUCAGACUUCCCAGCCUGCCAAGGGUGUCACCUUCAAUCACGCAUUUGGCGUUCAUCGCUAUGCCCCCGCUAUCUGGAACGAGGAAGAGGACGAGGACGAGGAUGUGGAAUGGGACGAUGAAGACUAUGAUGAUGAGGACCCAGCCCUCGCAGAGGAGUGGGAGGAGCGUCAGGCGAUGCGUGGCGAGCAAACCCCUACGCCCGGCAUGGAGCCAGACGACGGAAUGAGCUGGGAAGACGGCGCCGCCGAGGAGCUUCAGCGCGAGCGACUCCAGCAGCAGCAACUGUUGACUCAACCUCAAGCCAGCGACUCCUCUCGUCGGCCUGAACAGACCGCUGUUCAGCCCCUCCGUACACAACCAGCAGUGAGGGACAAGCUUGUCGUUCAAGGCGAGUCCUCUCCGGUCUCUCCAGCGUCCCCUAGCCGUACCUUCGACCCCGCGCAAGCCACCGAAACUCGCAAGCUGUCGAUGACCCCACCAGUCGCGCGUACCGAUGACUUCAAUGCAGCCUCUUCGAGCGGCCCGUUACUUCCCAGUGCGAUCAUGCAGCAACAAUCCGACGAACGCAAGCGCACGCGCGAAGAGAUCGAAGCCCUUGAAGAAGCUGCACGCAAGAAGGCCAACAUCAGUGGCAACCCCAAUGCGCCCAGAGCUAGAGUUGGCUCCAACGCCUCAGUCGGCGAAAGCACCGGAAAAUCUGGAGGCGGCAAGUUGCGAAAAGACCGCGGCCAAGACACGACAGACGAUGAGGGCGGAAAGGAUAAGGACAAGAAGAAGAAGAGUGGCGGAGUCUUCAGCAGCCUCUUCAAGCGGGAUCGGGAAAAGAAGGACAAAGGCAAGGACAAGUCGGAGACUGGUAGUUCCGCUAGCGUCGAGUCGCUCCGUGAGUCUGAGGAGUCCGGUCAUUCGCGCUUGUCACCCAUGACACCCGAAGGCAACUCUCCGACCACCGCCAGCGCCCGUCAGCAGCAGCAACAGGCGAUGCUCAUGCAGCAGAAGAACUCGACCGAUCCGAAGAGGAUGGUACAAUCCGAACAGACCGAGUCUCCUCAACGGAGCGAUUCGCCGCCCGCCCAAGGACGCUCAUCUGAGGAUCCCAUGGUGCAAGCCCAGCUUUCCCAGCUUCGUCAACGUGAUCAGCAGCAGCAGGCUCUGUACCAACAAUACCUCAACCGCUCUCCGGCGACUCCCCCCGAAGCACAGCCUUCGUAUGGCCUCCAAUCCGCGUCUGCGGUUCUGCAAGGCUCCAUGUCUUUCAGCUCCUCUACGAGCUCAACGUCGGGACUCUCGGGAACCGGCUCGCGUCCUCGCCCCGGUUCCCUCGUUCUUUCUCCCACCGGCAUGGAUGGUCAAGGCGUUGGGCUUCCCGACCUUAGUGUCGUUCGGGUCUUCGCCGGCGACCACCUUCAGACUGAGGCGACAUUCAAGACCGUACUCCUCAAUAACUCUACGACCGCGAGCGAUCUUGUGCGCCAAGCCAUUCAACGCUUCCGCUUGCCCGCAGGGGAGGACGACAAGGACUACUUCCUCACGAUCAAGCAAGUCGAAGGUUCGUCUGCCGCGCUUCAUCCGGAAGAGAAGCCUCUCGUUGUCUUUGAGUCACUUGUCGAGGCCGCCAUGGAGAUCCCCAAGGUCAAGCGGUCCAGCGUGGGCAGUAUCAGUUCGGUAGCGAGCAACUUGUCGAUGCACCCCGCUAUCAAGAAGUUGUCUAUGAACGACUUCUCGGACGACUCUCAAGUCAAGUUCUACCUCAACCGCCGUGGGCGUGAAGACGACAGCUUCGGCGAUGAGGGUGAGGAGACCCUGCUCGCUGAGAGCGUUGAUGGUGACUCCGAUGGCCGUGGUCGCGGGCACUUCCUCACGGUCUCUACCGCUGGCGGCAACACCGUCCCUCCGGAACGCUUCAGCUCCCCUUCGUUCCGCUUCGGCAUGCAGUUGGUCGUUAAUCCUGAGGACCUACCGGACGACAUGGUCUUCGAUCCACAGACCGAAGCCAUCGUCUUCAAGAACACGCUCCGCAAUCGGCCCCAGGCCAGCCAAGUGCCUUCUCCAGGGAUCUCUCAAACUCAGCGCAAGAAGGUCUUUGUCUUCCCGAAGAAUAUAACGGUUGCAGAGGUCAUCGAGCAAGGUUUGGAUCGCUUCGGCAUUCCUGAGGGUGUCGUCGACGGUGGCGACGAGGUGGAGGACAAACAGACCAAGAGGAGGAGCUCUUCCCGCGUCAGAUACUGUCUGGCCGUCGAGCUCAAUGGUAAAGAACGCGAGCUCACUCCGUCGAGCAAAGUCAUCGACGCCUAUCCUAGGCCGCCUGCGUACCGUCAAUUCGACAAGCGAUUCAGCGACAGCAAGCGACGUUCCAUCGACUCGGCGCAAAUGCUCGGAUCGGCAGACGACGUCCGGCCAGAUGACCCAGUGUUCAUCCUGCGUCGCGCUGUUGCGUAUCGCAUCUCUUCUUCUCGCCACCGGUCAUCGGCACCACUUGACGAUCUUGCGUUGCACCAGCUCCGGGAAUCUGUGGCGAGCUCCAGCACGAACUCGGACGGCGCGACUCAACCCGACUCCCCUAAACGCAGCGCGAAGGAGAUCAUUGCCGCCCAGCGCGCCGCCACACGAGCCACUCAGCGCGCCGUGCUGUCCACCCAGGCCAACUCUGCGCGGGGUCUGGACGUGCUCCUGCCCGGGAACGCUAUGCUCCGCAGCUCCCGCUACGAAGUGGACGAGAAGAUGCGAUACUCGUACGUGGAUACCGACGGCGAGACGUACGACAUCAGCGACAUCGUCGAGGAGGAAUGGCGCGGGGAGAUCGGCCCAGCUGGGCUCAAACCAGACAUCUCGAAGGACGACCUGCUGCACGGUGUGCUUGCGCACAAGGACGGCCUUGGGGCCCGGAUCGAUCGGGUGCUCAACAAGUUCAAGCACGAGAAGGACUCCGGGCGCGCCCCGCUGGCCAGCUCUGCGGCCGGCCAAGACCCGGGGCCGUCUCCACGCCACAGCACGGACUCGAUGUACUCGGCGAACGGGACGAUGCAAGAGGGGUCCAGCUCGCGCUCGGCCACGCCGACCGCGCGGGACCACGGCCGGUCUGGGUCCGUCGGCACGAUCCAGCGCGUGAUGUCGCCGCCGGCGUCGCGGAUGUCGAGCUACCGCACGGCGAGCCCUGGGGAGUCGGAGUACUCGCGGGCGAACACGGCGACGCCGACGGCGAGCAGCCGGGCGCGAGUUAACUACGGGCUCUCGCACGAGCGGAACGCGUCGGCGGUGUCUGAAGAGGAGAAGCCGAAGCUGGUCUUUCCAAGGAACAACUUCGGCCUGACGGAGAUGAUGGCGCAUUCGCGUCUAGACCCAGUGGAAGAGAUGCUGUUCGGCAGGCCAGUGGACCUCGAUACCCUCCACCCGGACAUCAGGAACAUAUACGCUGGGACGUUCCAGCAGCUGGACGAAAUGGAUCAGAUUCUGGACGAUCUCCUGCAGCAAGCUAUCCAUGUGCAUUGA